GAAAAUUAUUUUUCUUAAUUAUCUAAUUAGUUAUGUGUUCGGUUAAUGUUUAAUUGUUUUUUUUACCAUUUAAUUGAUUUACUCUUUUUCUCUCUUUGUUUGACUUGUGUUCUUUUGUCAGAAUGUUUCAAAUUUCUUUAAGAUUGACUACUCUUGGUUCUUGCUCUUCAUCUUCUUCUAGUAUUGUUUUUCCUUUGGGUAAAAUAUUUGAUCGUUUUUUGGGUAAACGAUUACAAUCAAGUUUACCAGCAUCUAAUUAUGAUUAUAUUUUAGAUAGAAGUGAAUCAAAUAGAUUGAGAAAUGAGAUUUUCGAUGAUGAAAAGAAACGUCAAUCACAAUUGAUUCCUAGGGUUGAAAAAAUUCAAGUAAAUGUUACCAAUGUUAAACCUUACGAAGAUGCAACUCUUAUCAUGAAUAAACAUCUAUCUACACCUUAUCAUUGUGCUCAACAUUUUUCUCAGUUAAUCACUGAAAGGUCAAUAAUUGCCGCUAUCGAUGGUAAACACUUAUGGGAUAUGCAUCGACCUUUAACCAACGAUUGUAACCUACAAUUUAGACAUUUUAAAGAUGAAGAUCCAACAGAGGUUAAUAGAGCCUUUUGGAGGAGCUGUUCGUUUCUCUUAGGAAUGAUUGUGCAGCGAGCAUUCAAAAGCGAUAUACCUGUUUACUUACAUUCAUGGCCCAAACCCUCAAUUAAAUCUGGUUGCUUUAUUUAUGAUGUUCAAUUACCUACUUUACAUGAUUGGAAACCUGAUAAAGAGGAGAUUCGUAGUUUAACUGGCAUGUUUUGGAAAUUAAAUGCCUCAACAAAAGGUCAUUUUGAAAGGCUUGAUGUUAAACCUUCAGUGGCGAAAGAAAUUUUCAAAGAUAACAAAUUUAAAUCUCAACAAGUAGAUGAUAUUGAAAAAGAAAUUGGUUCAGAGGGUAAAAUUUCACUUUACCGUUUAUCUGAUCAUAUUGAUUUUAGUGUUGGUCCAAUGAUACCCGAUCCUAGUCACAUUGGUCGAGUCUCCGUUGCCUGUGUCCACAAAUUAGACAGCGAUAUUGAAAAUUUAUACAGAUUCCAAGGAGUAGCAACACCAUCUAAACUUCCUAUUCACUUUUACCCUUAUCGUAUUCUCCUGGAUCGAGCUUCAAAACCAAGGACCAAUAUGAUCCCACAAUCACGGAAUUAAUUGUCUGUUAAUUACUUAUCAGUGUAAAAAAAACUAAUUCAAAUCUCCUGACAUCCCUCAUACACACAUAAUAAUAGUUCAUCUUCAAACACGAAAACAAAACAAUUUUCAUUUCAAUAAUUUGAAAAUUUUACACAAUUUCUGGUAUGUCAAGGGUAUCUAACUUUAAAUCUAGUCUAUUGUGACGUUAAUUGUUUACAAUUUAGUUUAGGAAGAAAAUCUCUCUUUUAAUGAUGACAAUAUUUUGUAAUUCUCACAUGUUUAAGUAUCUCUUUAAUGCCCUUGAAAAACUGCCAAAUAAUAGCAAUGUUUUUCUCGCCCUUUUACUUAGUUUUCCUUAUUAUCGUAAUUGUUAAUUACUCUAUCCUAUUCUGUGGAUAAAUUUAAAUUAACUCAUGCAACAAUUAACAAGGUAAUCGCUCAAAAUGCUUGCCAAUUAUUACUUAAUAGAAAGACGAAAAUGAUGAAAACAUCCAAAAAAAAAGUUUUCUUUCUAAUUAAACUUAAUCAUCAAUAGAGUUCAA